AUGGCCAUCGACAGGCAGCGGUCAUUGGAGAAAACCUUUGAAAGAAUCUCGCCAGCCAGGUAUGUGUAUCUGGAUGAGCUCGUCAAGAAAACAAAGGAUAGAACGGAACUUCGAAAUCAAGUGUUAACCCUAUUCAUUCCAGCUCGUGAUUCUACUUCUAGUGUAACUGGAUUAACAUGCUUUCAUUUGGCCCGUCACCCGGAUGUCUGGAUAAAGUUGCGCGAGGAAGUUAUGAGCAUAGGUGACGCACCCAUGACGUUCGACCUGCUGAAGUCGAUGAAGUAUCGUCUUCGUCUUCUUGCUUCAGCAGGUCUAAGUAUACAAACAUGUGUUGAAGAUUGUGUACUUCCAAGAGGAGGUAGACCAGAUGGUAAAAGCCCCAUCCUUGUUCGUCCAGGUACGGAAAUUAGAAUAGUGUUUCAUGCACUACAUAAAGAUCGAGAUAUCUGGGGAGAAAAUGCGAUGGAGUUUCGUCCUGAGAGAUGGGAAAACUUUCGAACAACAUGGGAAUAUAUACCUUUUCUUGGGGGUAGUAGGAUUUGUCCAGCGCAACAGAUGGCCUUGGCCGAAGUUUAUUAUUUUGUGGUUCGAUUCAUGCAAGAAUUCAAAUUCAUGGAGAACAGGGAUCCGGAGACGAAGUUUGCUCCAGGCAUGAAGUUAUCUAGGUAUGGAGAGUAA